UAUGAUUAUGAAGAGGUCGGAGGAUUCGUAUUCCCAAAAGCUGCCCAAAAUCUUCGCAACGACUUCGUUAGAAGCUAAAAAAAAAAAGGAGAAGAAGAAAAAGAAGAAGAAGAAAAAAUCACGCUUCGAAGAUUGAGGAAUCACAACCGUUGAAACAAGAUCGCCGGUUCUCUUUUGCCGUCGCCGGUAACCAAAUUAAGCGGCAACUACUUCCCCGUCUUCCUCUCGGAUCUCUGAUUAUUAAGUUCUGUCUCGCUCUAUUUUUUGUUUUUUUUUUCUCUUUCUCUAUCUAGAAAUGGUUUUGGAGCGGGAAUGAAAGCAGAGUUCGAGCUGGAGGUAGAGUAGAGACGACGAUGGGCGAUUGCAAGCGUGUUGUGGUGAUGACGACGGCGAAUAAUGCAGGUUGCAUGUCUAAGAGGAGGAGAAUUGCUGGUUCGUCGGAGAGUUUGCGGCCGUCGGCGUCUCGCUCUGACCUCGACGAUCGUUGUUUGUGGUUGGAGAAUGCGACGACGUCUCUGGCGCGUUUGGAGAACAAGAAUUCCCUUGGCAUUGUAGCUGGAGGUGAGAUGAGUAAUGGUUUUUCUGAGGAUCAGUUUCCGGUUUCUUGUAGCUUCAGUAACGACUGCAGGAAGGCCACCGCCGUGAAGGACGCCGGGAGAUUCGAAGAUCUGGAGACCAAGAGCUUCGAAACCGUAGAAUCGAUUCGUGUUAACGGCAUUCAAAGAGAGAGCACUCCAACGAGCAAUCUCAUGGGAGAUUCCGACGAAAUGGACUCUCCGGCGACGAACUUCUUGACUGAAAAACAGAAGCCAACGGAUCGUCGGAUGAAAGUGCCACCGAUCUCUGAGAUUGAAGAUUUCUUUGCCGAGGCUGAGAAGUACGAACAGAAGCGUUUCUCAGAAAAGUACAACUUCGAUAUAAUCAUGGAUGUACCAUUGGAAGGUCGAUACCAAUGGAUUCGUCUGAAGCCAUGAAAAACAAGCUAACCUCAAGCUAUAAUCCUCACAUCGGGAUCUGGAUUUCUCCGAUUUCCUUUAUAUUAUUCUCCAUAAAUAUCGAACUCUUUUCCUUUUGGAAGAAAAACACUCUGUUUAAUUUCUUCUUUUUGUACAGCUUUCAGCUACAUAAAACAACCUCCGAAACUAAAUCUUUUUCAGUAUACACACAUCCAUAGAAACCACCGCCGCCGUUCUCUUUUAUCAUUUUCUUUCAGGAACUUUCAAAGCUAUAUUUUGUGUCUUUUCAUCCAUAAUUGAGCACAGAUAUCUGUAAUUCUCACUUUUAAUUCACGACAAAUGUUAGCCAUGUUCAUCA